AUGUCAGACUAUCCAGGACUCGGUCUUCCAUUGCGGUACGACCCCCAAGAGAACUAUGGCCACUAUCCCAUCGGUGCCCAUGGUGGCUGUUGGGGGGCCGACUCUAACAUGCUUCCGAUCCGAGAGCUCGCUAUGAUGAGCAUCAUGGAUCGCCUCACCGACAAAGAAGACUGGCAAAAGAAAGUCUUUGAUGAUGAAAUUGUGUCAAAAUGGCGCGACGAGGCGCUGGCCAUUCCCGAUGAGCAAUUCUGCAAGCUAGCAAUCAGUGACAAGUCUCAAUACUGGGAUGCGGACGGCAACCUCAGUGUGCGGGACAACCUGAUUUCCGAUUAUGUGGAGCCCUUGAAAGGCAUUAUGACAACGAAUACUUUCGAUUGCUGCGUCGAAGAACUCCGAAGCAAAGCCAGGUACUACGAAAAAUCAGGCCUUAUCCCUACACUCGAUGCAUGCGCGUCUGUGGCGAAAUCAGACAAGAUCGUUUCGUCUGAGCUACACGAGGCUCUAUAUAGGGCUUUCGAGACGCUUAGAAAGGAUCAGGCAUCGGCACCUGACUGGCAUCCCAAUUCCAACGACAUGGUCCAGAAUCUGGUGCACCCGUCGAUGUAUCCCUUGGUCUACGGUCGCAGCAGAGGUUUGAAAGAGGAAGUUGUUGGUGUUGUUGACGCUAUCGCAAAAUGGGCGGGUAAAGGCAACAUCAUCCCAAAGGAUGAUUGGAGCCCUGACCCACAGCGAGAUAGAUCCCGUUAUGGUGUUGGAUCUGGAAAGGUGCCGCCUCAGUAUUGGUCCGACACAUUCCAGUGGCUGCCUGCGAAUGUUGCUUUUCAAGAGGACGGCGCGGUCAAAUUUACCAGCUACAUCAACAACCUCCACCCAAACAGGUACCCGGAGAUCUACAGCACAAUCGAGAAACUGAUUGAGACCGCACUUCCAGCCUGGGACCAAUGCCUCGCUCUUGCUGCCGAUUAUGAAAAGAGAGACGGUGCUGGACGACUCAAGCCCCGGUUUCCAUACCCUGACAACCCAGAUGACGAGAACGAAGAGAAUUGGGACCCAUCAGAUUCGCUAGAAGUCGCCGAGGUAGAGGUAAACUGGGGGGAAGUAGGAAGACGAUACGAAUACGAUCCUGAGUGGGACGACGAGAUCCAGAAAAAGUGGGAGUUGUUGCGUAAACCGGUCAUUCCCGAUGCUUCGUUUGAAGAUGUCGAUUAUGCGCCAGCACCAGGAAAAUGCCUUGCAGAGAAGUUUGCAAAGUCCGGCCUUCAAGUCAUUGUCAAGAUGGCUUCCAUUGAACUCACGCCUGACAAGCCUGAAUUUCCAGCGGGUGGAUGGCAUAUUGAAGGGCAGAUGAACGAACAUAUUUGCGCUACGGCGCUCUACUACCUUGAUAGCGAGAACAUCUCGGCCAGCAACCUCUCGUUCCGCAUGCAGACAUCAGCCUAUAUGAACGACGAAAUUAGCGUAGGACAGGACGCCUACCAUUGGUUGGAACAGGUAUAUGGAACUGGUCUCGGUGGAAGCAGCUCCCCUUGUCUGCAGAAUUAUGGCAAUGUUGAGACGCGCCAAGGGAGAUUGCUUGCGUUCCCAAACGUCUUCCAACAUCGAGUUUCCCCUUUCCGUUUGGAGGACCCAACUAAACCCGGUCACCGACGGUUCAUUGCACUCUGGCUCAUCGACCCCACUCAGCGCAUCAUUUCGACUGCCAACGUCCCUCCGCAGCAAAUGGACUGGUGGCUGGACUCCAUCGUCGGAAACACGACGGAAGCUCGCGAUGCAGCCUUGUCCAAGCUCCCAGCUGAGCUCGUGGCUCUAAUGAAAGACAAGGGCCUGGACGCAAACAUACCCGCAACAUCUACGGGGACACUCCCCCCGGAGCUGAUGGAAAUGGUGCGCGAAUAUUUCCACGUCGACGCAGAAACAAUACCUAUGGGGUUGGAAGAAGCGAAGGAGCACCGAAUCAAGCUCAUGGAGGCUCGCAGUGCGUUUGUCAAGACGGCCGAAGCGGGAUGGCAGCAGCAUUCGUACAGCUUCUGUGAGCAUUGAGCUGUGGAUUUCUCAUUGCCAUGCAUGGAUGAGCAGCUCCAUAGACGCCAUCACCAUGUUUAAGAAGAGUUCUGGGAAGCGCACGUUGUUGUGUGAAUGAGAAGCAUGGAAUGGGAACCGGAUCUUUUCUUGUUCUACCCUCUCGAAGAAGGAACCCAUUUACCCUCUUUCUAAAAUUCUCGUUUGUCCUCUCCCGCUUGGUCUUGCCUCUUUCUAAUUAUAUCGAGCCGUACUUAGCGAGCCG